AUGUCGGGCGCGGACAACCCGCCGGCCGGUGCCUUGCAGCAGCAGGAUGGCCUGGCUGAACGACUGCGGGCAGCGCUGGGCGCCAUCACUAUUGAGGACGACUCGCAGCGGCCCAAGCAGAACUACGCUUUCUGGGGUACCCAGCCCGUGGCGCAGUUCAACGAGCAGCCCAGCACGUCGGUCAGUGAUGGGCCCAUUGACAAGCCCAAGACUGUGGCGGAUGUGCGCAAGGAGCCCUAUGGCCUGCCGCAGAACUUUGAGUGGGUGACCUGCAACAUUGACAACGACGGCGAGCUCAAGGAGAUUUACGAGCUGCUCAGCGCGCACUAUGUGGAGGACGAUGAUAACAUGUUCCGCUUUGCCUAUUCCAGGGAGUUCCUGCACUGGGCGCUGCAGCCGCCCGGAUACAAGGCGUUGUGGCACUGCGGCGUGCGCGUGUCAUCCACCGGCAAGCUUGUGGCCUUCAUCUCCGGCAUCCCUGCCACCGUGCGCGUCAAUGCCACCAGCCUGAAGACCGUGGAGAUCAACUUCCUGUGCGUUCACAAGAAGCUGCGGCACAAGCGCCUGGCACCUGUGCUGAUUAAGGCGAGCACUGCCACGGAGAUCACACGGCGAGUGAACCUGCACGACAUCUGGCAGGCUGUCUACACCGCAGGCGUGCUGCUUCCCAAGCCAGUAGCAGAAUGCCAGUACUGGCACCGCUCGCUUAACCCCAAAAAACUCAUCAGCAUAGGGUUUAGCCGCCUGGCGCCACGCAUGACGAUGGCGCGCACGCUCAAGCUGUACAAGUUGCCGAAGCAGCCACAGACGCCCGGGAUGAGGCAGAUGGAGGCACGGGAUGUAGCAACACUUCUGGCUGCAUAUUUGAAGGAUUACGCCAUUGCGCCGGUGCUAGAUGAGGAAGAAGUGCGGCAUUGGCUGUCCUACCAGCCUGACGUAGUGCACACGUACGUGGUUGAAGCACCAGAUGGCCGUCUCACCGACCUGCUCAGUUUUUACACCCUGCCCAGCUCUGUUAUUGGCAACGAGCAGUACGACAACCUCAAGGCGGCGUACAUGUUUUACACGGUUCCAGCAGCCACGCCGCUGCCACAGCUGAUGAACGACGCGCUGAUCCUGGCACAUGCCACGGGGCAUGAUGUGUUUAAUGCACUUGACAUCUUUGAGAAUGAGAAAAUCCUCAAGGAGCUCAAGUUUGGGAUUGGCGAUGGCAAGCUGCGUUAUUACCUUUUUAACUGGCGUGUGGCACAGGAGAUGCCGUCCAACAAAGUUGGCCUGAUCAUGCUGUAG